GUGCUGCAUUUUAGACUAAAGAGCUUGGCAGGUAUUAUACUUGCGCACUCCCAGAACUUACUUUCAAUCAAAGACAAAGAAAUCUAGUUCAGCCAUGGACAACUGCAUUGAUAUCCUUCCUGACGAGCUCAGAGCUAUGGGGGACUAUGACAAAGAAGCAAGCGCCCCUCCAGUGUCCAAUGAACGCGAGUUUGUUGACAGCCUGGUUAAAAACUAUAGUGUGGUAGUCUUCAGCAAAAGCCAUGUCCCCCACUGUGACGACUCCAAGAGACUCAUAAGUAACAUGGGGGUCAGCUACAAGCUUGACCAGCUGCAAGAGGGAAAUCAGGUGCAACAUUUUUCUAAGGCCAAAAUUACCAACGCGCGGACGGUUCCUCGAAUAUUCAUUCAUGGCCAAUGUGUUGGUGGAAACAGUGACUCGAAAACGCUGAACAGUACUGGCGAUCUUCAGGAAGUGUUGAAAGAUAUUAACUUGUCAACAUUGAGGUAUUCUACUGCUUGGACUGGCACAGCAAGCACAUCACAGACAUAUUAA